AGGGCCGAAGGGCGUCGAUGAAGUCGUCCAUGUCGCAACUCAACCCUCUCAACCUCAUUCCCACCAAGACGACCGACACAGGCAUCAUCCUGGAGGUCGAGACGUCUACGUUGCAGGAGCUUGGCCUGUUGGCGGUGAGUGCGGUCCCGCUGGUGAUCACGUUCUUGCUCCAGUUCUCGCUCACAGUUGCGUCUGUUUUCAGCGUGGGCAACCUCGGCUCGCAAGAAUUGGCUGCCGUGUCGCUGUCGAACCUGCUCUGCAACGUCUCUGCAUACGCUAUAAUCCAGGGAAUCGCGUCGUCGCUGUCGACACUGUGUCCGCAGGCGUACGGCAGAAAAGACUACAGGGCCGUGGGCAUGCAUAGCCUGCGGUGUCUGGUGCUGCUGCUGCUGCUGUACGUGCCGAUGUACGGGUUUCUGCAUUGGGGAUCACGCCCGCUGCUGCUGAAAAUCAUCCAGGACGAGCGGCUGAGCGACCUCGCGUCGUCGUACCUGAAACGGCUGCUGUACGGCGUGCCUGGCUACAUUGUCUUCGAGGUGUUGAAACAGUAUCUCCAAGCGCAGGGUAUUUUCCAUGCGUCGACGCUUGUGCUUGUGCUGUGCGCGCCGCUCAACAUCUUUCUAAACUACCAGCUGGUUUGGAAUGAGACGUACGGUAUCGGGUUUCUGGGGGCCCCCACCGCCGUCGUGAUCACCAACUGGUGCAUGGCAUCGAUGCUCUUCUGCUACGCGGCGUUUGUCAACGGCUACCAGUGCUGGUGCGGCUUUUCGCGCGACGUGUUCCGCAACUGGAGCCGUACUUUGCAACUCGCAGGCCCCGGCGUGAUCAUGAUCGAGGCCGAGUGGCUCGCGUUCGAGAUCAUCACCUUUGCAUCUUCCAAGUUCGGCACUGCCGCUCUAGCGUCGCAGUCCAUCAUGACCACCACUGGCUCGACCAUCUACCAGAUCCCGCUUGCGAUAUCCGUGGCCGCGUCGACCAGAGUGGCCUGGUUCAUCGGGUCGGCUUCCAAGGACGCCGCCGUUAAGUCUGCGCACGCGGCCACGUGGAUGUCUGUGCUCUUUGGCGCGGUCAACGCCAUCGUGCUCGUGCGCUACCGCAAACUAGUGGUUUCGUGCUUUUCGAGCGACCCCGAGGUCGUCGAGCUUGCCAGCAAGGUCCUAAUCAUCGGGGCCGCCUACCAGGUGAAUGACGCCAUUGCCUGUGUCAGCGGCGGCGUCCUGCGUGGCCAGGGCCGCCAGUACAUUAGUGGCUGGCUCAACCUCGUGAGCUACUAUGUUUUUGCUCUGCCGAUCGCGUUUGCUUGCGGGUUCCACCUGCAUCUGGGACUCAUUGGCCUCUGGAUCGGCAUGAUGUGUGCGCUAUGCUUUGUGUCGCUUGCAGAGUGCUACUACGUGCUCACCACCGACUGGGACACUCUCAUCAAGAGGUCCAUCGAGGAGGGCAUGAAAGAGCAGUCCAGCUUCCAGGAGGCGCUGCUCGAUCAGGCUAGUUUCCAGGAGAUCAUGAUCCCCGGCAGCGCGAGCCUGCGGCCUGUGCGGAGCCACGCCCUACUUCCUAUCCCAGUCUGACCACCAACAUUGUCCUUACACAUACCCACGGAAUAACUAUAACAAACUAUCCUAUGGCCAGCUGCGGCGAAAAACCACGUAUCUGCCGGUUUCUCAUGGACUCGGGACGAUGAAUCGCCUAUAGCUUGCGGAGGACUUUCGCUGGUAUCCCACCCACCACCGUGUUAUCUGGAACGUCCUGCGUAACUACCGCGCCCGCAGCCACCACAGAAUUCUCGCCAACAGUGACACCCGACAGUAUCGUUGCGUUUGCGCCGACCCAUGCAUUUUUCUUGAUAUGAAUAGGACCCACCAGCAACGAGGAUCUUAUUGCAGGUUCCACCGGGUGGCCUUCCGACAACAGAUUGACCUUGGGUGCGAUCAGCACGCCGUCUUCGAUGGUGAUGCCGCCCAAGUCCAGAAACACGCAGUCAAAGUUGAUGAAUACAUUUUUGCCUAUCUUGAGGUUCUUGCCGUAGUUGAUGUGCAGCGGCGUGAAAAUAUUAACUGUGCCAUCUAUCUCGCUUUCUGUGAUCUUGGCAAGUAGAUCUUGUAUCUCUGCAGGAUCGGCCGACUGAUUCAUCUGCAAAACCAGCUUUUUGGUCUCGUAGGAGGCCUGCAGUAGCUUGUAAGCCUCGGGCUCAUUGCCGGGGAUCGAUCUAUCUUUCAGUAGUUUUUGGAAAAUACUCUGAGAUUCGGAUGUCAUAAAAUAAUCACAACUAUUUUCCGCACUGCUAAAACGGCUGGGACCCGACUAAAUAUUGUUCUGAUUCAAAAAAAGAAUCAUAGCUCAUCUACUUUCGUUCUUGUUGAGGUACGGACUACGAAGCUCGCGUUCCCGACCCCACUGGACCCUGUUUUUGUAGCCAAUAGUGUGUUGCGUCCAGCGCUCCUUUUUUAGUGUUCCCUGGUGGUCUGACGACCAAUCUCCGAAAAAGCCUCAUCAAAUUUGGCCCAUGCCCCUACAGAAUCGGACCGGCCAAUAACCUGGCUCCUUUCACCGCCAAAAGGCCCCGAUUGUCAGGUCUACGGGGCUGCAGGGAGAUGGGUAGGUUAUUUUUCAGCCAUGAAUUUUUUUAGCUAUAAUUUAUUCUCUCCAUUUAAUGAUUGAGGAGUCUCCUGUCGCGGCCCCGCAUGUUGGCCAGCAGAUGCACCCACGCAUGAAGCUGCCGUCGCUGUCGUCACUGACAGACGACUUCUCGCUCCCUCCACUUAACACAGACAUCUCAGAGGCCGAGUCUGCCGACGCUAAAAUCACCCUCCCAUCUCUGUCCACUCUCACCCAGUCCAUUCCUGAUGUGCUUAAGCCUCUUCCUGCCACGCCGAACACGUCUUUUGUUGACUCGCUGCCUUCUUUGAAGCGUUCUGCCGACGAGCAAUAUGGACAGGACCAUAAGAGAAUGCUACUAGGACUGAAGAAGGAGGACGGUUUGCCGCUCAGAAACGCCUUGCGGCCGGCUGAGAGCGUCGGAAUGCCCAAGACAAGCCGCCACAGAGGUCGCACGCACCCGUCGUACAGACUGGACGAUGUUCAGUGUGGACCGCAACCCCAACUGGCGGAGAGUAUUCCUGUUUUUGCGCCUUCUUCCGACCAAGUGCACGAUCCUAUGUCUUACAUCGAGUCUCUACGCGACCAAGGCGUCCAAUACGGUGCCAUAAAGGUAGUUUUGCCCGAAAAAAAACCCUCCAUCGAAAUCAGAGCCAAACUGGCCGUUAAGAAGCAAACCAAGAAUCACAACACCAUAUCGAACCCCGGAACCCGACUCGUGCGAAAACGUGACCAGCUCCUUCAGCUUGGAUUCCAGCCGCUGUUCGACAAGUCCACGCGCCACAAACAAGGACUCACGGUUCCAGACGAACACGCUCUUCCGUCCUACGACUUUUAUCAGUGGAGUGACGCACCUGUGGACGACGAUGACGCAAAAAUCCAGGACAUGGUCGAUCUUCGCCAGUUCGACCAGCUGUGCGAGGACGACAGUCUGGGAACAGAGCAGGGCUUCUGGAACUCGGAUUUCGACGCCUUUUAUGCUACCCAUACGCCGGAUCUCGACGUGCACCCGACGGGGUGGAACCUCCGAUUUUUGAGCGUCUGCGAGGGCUCCUUGCUGCAGUAUCUGAACGAAGAAACGAAUUUGAUCAAUCCGAAGCUGCGGGUGGCGUCAAAGUACAGCUUUGAGAACUGGAGUCUCGAGGACCAUUUUCUGCAGAAAAUCAACUACCACCAUUCGGGAGCACCUAGGUUGUGGUAUUUUGUGCCCGUGAGCCAACGAGAAAAAUUCGAGAAACUGCUACGGGAGAAAAGAGUCAACCGCGCGCAACUCAAGCACGAGCCGUUCAGACACUUUGUUGACGAGGGUGACUGUUUUGACGACACUUUCCUUAUAUCCCCGGCAGAGCUCAAGAGUCAGCAAAUAGACGUUUUUGCCACGGUACAGUGUCCGGGCGAGCUGGUCAUCAAAUACCCACAGGUCUACUCGCUCUGUGUGUCGCUGGGCACGAGUGUUUGCGAGAGUGUGAAUUUUGCCAGCCGAUGCUGGUUGCAGAGCGCGGUGGCCAGCGUGGACUGGAUGCGAAAACAGCUCAUCAUUCCUGCAUUUUCCACCUUCAAAUUACUUGUGAACGUGGCUACCAAUUGCGACGACCGCGACACGCUAAGGGCGCUGGACCCGGUGCUGGAAGUCUUGAUCGACAAGGAGAUGGAGCAGCGAGAAAAUAUCCGGGGCUACCAUUUCAAAGAGUCCUCCACGGGUACCGCUGUGGUGACAGAGGCCGAUCUCGUCGAGGCGUUUCCUUCGUACGUGGUGGUGUAUGACCGCAAGAAGCCGUCGGAGUCGCUAUCGAUGUCGGUGGCCAGGUUUCUGGACAAGUACAACCCGGAGAAGCACGAUCUCAAGGUGGAAUUCUGUGUGCAGGUUUCGGACGACGCUCUGCGCACGGCCCAGAAGCUACUCAAGACCAAACUCGUGACGGGCGCAGAGUGGCUGCACAAGUACCACGAGGUGAUCGAAGGCUACGACAAGCCGUCCACGAAGCUCCUCAAGCCGCUGCUCCAGGAAGGAGAAUCGAUUUUCCACAGUCCCGAUAAGCUGUCUUUGCAAGACACAGAGGCUUACGAGACGUACCGGCUGCUCAGAGAGUAUUACCAGCAGACGGAGGAAUGGGCCGCUCGGGCGACCAAGUUUCUGCAAUUCAAGAUAUCGACCAGAAUGCGUCAGCGAAAAGUGGACUACCACUCGGACAGAAAAAACUGGAACGAGCUGGAGGACCUGGAAAAGCUGAUCAAGGAGAUCCCGCAGCUGCCGAUCUCGACGCCGGAAAUGGACCAGCUGCUGGAGUACUCGACCGAGAUCAUCAAGUACAACGAGAUGGUGGAGCAGGUGCUGGCCCGCCCGGACGAGAAAGAGCUCGAGAACCUGCACAUUCUGGGCAGCUCGUUCGGAGUGAAGCUGAACUCGUUUAUGCUUCUGGACCGCAUUCUCAAGCGCAACGGAUGGCUGAAGAAACUGGACGAGCUGGACCACUACUCCAGCGACACAGACGCGGUCGGGGCGCUGUUGGCGGAGGGCUACGAGCUGGCCGCCGUGGGCGACAAGGAGCUGUUUGAAAAACUGCACACGGUUUACGAGCAGGCGGUGCGGGCCAACGAGGAGCUGGCGGCAAACAGCGACGACGUGCACAAGUUGCAGAUGCUGUACGACAAAUACGAACAGCUGCCCCUCAACACGGCCGUUCGACAGAGCACGGUGGCGGCUCUUGACGAGUACGCGGCUCUGUACGCACAGCUGGAGCAGAUCGCACACACGGUACAGCUGCGGUUCGGCGAGCUCGCGCAACCGGACGAGCUGCUGCGCAUGAUCGACUCGAACCUGCGCUACUUCGACGCCAGCUUCCAGCCCUCGCGGCCGCUGCUCCAGGAAAUUACGCACAAGGUCGCGCGGUACCCUGCGCUGACGGCCGAGCACCAGACGCUGCAGUUCUACGAGCACCAGGUGGACGUGUGGUACGAGCAGCUGGUGCUGUAUUUCGGGCUUACCAAGGUGAAAAAACUACGCAGCUACUUUGAGGAGUGGCAGCGGUUCGACGAGCAGGUAUUUGCCGAGCCGCCCGACGGCUCCAGCUACUGCGUGUGCCGCAUGCGUCACGAGAACGGCAUCAUGAUCGAGUGCGAGGCGUGCGAGCAGUGGUUCCAUUUCGGGUGUCUCGGGCUGCGCGACGAGGACGAGGCAGAAAUCAGCGGCUUCCUGUGUCCGAUCUGCGACGUGGACAUGCGGUUCAAGUCGACGCGCUACCAUCUGGACCAGGUGGAAAGAAAGCCGACGCUGGCGCAGCUGGUGGAGUUUGUCUACUGGUCCAACUCGCAGCUGACCGUGCUCCCGCCGGAGUACCGCAAUAUCCUGUGGAUUCUGCGCAACUGCUACACAUUCAAGCUGAGUAUCUCGGACCUUCUGGAGAACGACCUGGCGGGGAUCCGCCACGCGCUGCGCCGCAUGGAGGGCUGUCGCGUCAACUUCGAGGAGGACCGCCGCGUGCUGCGCGCCAAAGUGGCCGAGCUGCUGCGCGCCGAUCGACGCGUCGAUGCAGCUGCGCCCGAGUCCCGGUGAAAAAUUAAAAAUUGUAGCAAAUCCGAUUAAGCACAGCAC